AUGGGUUUCCUCGGUGUCUACACGGCCAUCUACGACUACGAACCUCAGGCGCAGGGGGAAUUAGAACUGCGCGAGGGAGAUCUCUUGUGCAUCCUCGAGAAGGGCGCGGAGGACGAUUGGUGGAAGGCCAAGAAGAAGGCCGAGCGCGAUGAUGAUGAUGAACCCGAGGGCCUCGUCCCAAAUAACUAUGUCGAGGAGGCUCAACCGACUCACGCAGCAAAAGCGCUCUACGACUACACACGCCAGACGGAUGAGGAGGUAUCCUUCUCUGAAGAUGCAGAUUUGAUCGUGUAUGACACUUCCGACCCGGACUGGACCCUUGUCGGAGUCAACUCAGAUUUCGGAUUCGCCCCCGCAAACUACAUUGAGAUCGUCGAAGAUGCAGGCGCAGACCAUGCCCCUGCACCAUCAAUCCCGUCUCCUCCCCCCGCCGAGCCGGAGCCCGAACCGGCGCCACCCGCCCUCCCGCAGCGACCGACGAUGAUGACGGCGGAAGAAGUUAACGGGACCAGCGCAACUUCCCCAGUUGAUACCGUGCAGAAUCCUGCUGCCAAGGCCAUUGCAGAUAUCCUCCACAACCAGCAUGCGGCGCCGACAGAGCCGGAACCACCUAGGGCCAUCCCCCCGCCGCCUCAGCCGGCGCGUCCAGUGUACGACGAGCCCGAGGAGACCUACAUGGAUGAGCCCUCGCCGCCACCCCCGGUAUUACCACAACGCCCCCCGUCCCAACAGGUGUCGUCGCCGGUGCGUGUGGAUUCUCCGCCCGAGCCCUCCCGACCGUCUCGUCCUCACGUUUCUUCGGUUCGCGAAAGCGACAACCAUGUGAAGGAAUCGCCUCCCUACAUCAGAGUUGUCGGCCAACUGACCCCGCGUUCCCCCUCCGGCUAUCAUAUCUACAAUAUCAAUGAGAUGGUGGAGGUCAUGGGUAAGCGGAAAAAGAUGCCCACGACUUUGGGUAUCAAUGUCGCAACCGGGACCAUCUUCAUUUCGCCGGAGGAAGGUGCCAAGACGGAGGAGUGGAGCGCAGACAAGCUUUCUCAUUACUCGAUUGAGGGUAAGCACGUCUUCCUCGAUCUCGUCCGGCCUAGUAAGAGCAUCGACUUCCAUGCGGGCGCCAAAGACACGGCUCGGGAGAUUGUCUCUGCCCUCGGAGAGAUUUCCGGUGCCUAUCGCGCAGAGGGCCUGAAGGAGGUCAUCGCUGCUGGCACCAGCGGAGGACAGAAGAAGGGACAGAUUCUCUAUGACUUUAUGGCACAAGGCGAUGACGAGGUGACGGUGGCCGCGGGCGACGACGUCAUCGUUCUGGAUGAUGCCAAAUCCGACGAGUGGUGGCAGGUGCGGCGCCUGAAAAACGGAAAAGAGGGCGUGGUUCCAAGCAGCUACAUUGAGAUUACCGGGACUGUCUCCUCCAAUCCGGUGAUGAGUGCUGAACCGGGCCUCUCGACCGUGGAGAAGAACCGUAUGGAGGAGGCACGACUAGCCAAGGAAGCUAUGCGCAAGUCGACGAUUGACUCCGUCGACUCUCGCAGCCCAGAGCACCAGAAACGCGACAGUAAGAGCAGCCAUAGACCGAAACCGGAUCCGACUAAGGUCAGACACUGGACCGAUCGCACCAAGACGUUCACCGUCGAGGCACAAUUCAUCGGGCUGCAGGAUGGCAAGAUCCAUCUGCACAAAGUGAACGGCAUAAAGAUUGCAGUUCCUAUUCCGAAGAUGUCCGUGGAGGAUCUCGAAUACGUCGAGAAACUGACGGGAGUGUCCCUCGAUGAGGACAAGCCAUUGUCGGACAUCAGGCGCCGUUCUCAACGCAUCGAACCUGAAAAGCCCCGAUCCUCGCCCGAAAGCAAGCGAGCAGGCACCAGAGCCGGAGCCUCCUUCCAGCAAUCCGACUACGAUUGGUUUGAUUUCUUCCUCAAGGCCGGGGUUGGCCCGCACCAGUGUGAGCGGUAUGCGCAGAACUUCGUCAGGGACUCUAUGGACGAGGCCAUCCUCCCGGACAUCACCCCCGAAGUUCUGCGCACGCUUGGUCUGAAGGAAGGGGAUAUCUUGCGGGUGAUGCGCUACCUGGACAACAUGUUUGGCCGCGCAGGAGGCAAGUCGAAGCUGCGCAAUGUGAGCUUCGGCGGGGAGGAAGUCAUCGGGAACGGCGAGGAUGCUGCCGCCGGCCUCUUCUCUGGCCCCGGCGGUGCUCUGCGCAACAACACCCGUAAAGGCCGGCCGGCGCCCACCGUGCCGGCCAGCGAUGUCGUCGAUCCCAAGGCCUUCGAGCAGAAGGAUGCUUCACAGCCGGAGCGCAGCGAGACCCCGCCCACCUCCGCCGCACCUUCCGAACCACCAGUUCAGAAGGGCUUUGACGAUGAUGCCUGGGAGGUGAAGCAGCCUACACAGCCUGCUGCCACUGCCGCCGCUGCUGCCCCGGCCACACCGGCGACGCCAUCAAGCCCACCUCCGGCGGCCUCCUCACCAGCUGCCGCUCAACCCCCGGCUCAGCAACCGCUCGCAGGAGCGAUGGCCGAUCUGUCGUUGCUUCAGGCUCCUCUCCAACCCACGCCUGCGCCCGCUCCUGCCCCGCAAUCCCCGCCAGCCGCUUUGCCGCCUCUUCAGCCCCAGCCCACCAUCCAACCCCAGCCCACUGCUGUGCCCGUGCCGCAAAUGCAGCCACAGCAAACAGGGGCUACACCCGGCUUCUUCUCGCAAUUGGCACAGGCUGCGCAGCCUGUUCAGAAUGCCCAAGGAUUCAGUCCUCAGGCAACCGGCUUCCAGCAGGCUUCCAGACAGCGCCCGCAGCCGCCCCAGAACAUGGCCCAAAGCUCUUUGCUUCCUCCGCCGCCUCAACGACCCCUCUCAGCACCUCAGAACUUCCCUCAGCAGCAGAGCUCUUUUGGUCUGCCUCCAUUGCAACCUCAGCUGACCGGUAUCCCUCAAGCGGGACCGCAAGUUGCUCCGCCAGGACAGAGUCUGGCCGAAUUGAACCAGCAACGAUUCCAGCCAUCGCUCCAGCCACAACCCACUGGUUUCAUGCCUCAGAGUCAGUUCCAAAACGGAUUGGUUCCCCAGCCAACCGGCUUCCAGCCGCAAUCCCAGUUUGGGAUCCAGCAGCAGCAAGCUGGAUAUCCGGGCCUGAUGCCGCAGCCCACGGGCUUCGGGGGCUUCCAGCCGCAACCGCAGCAGCCAAUACAGCCAAUGCAGACCGGCAUCAAUUCCGUUCUUCCGCCAGCAUUGCAGCCCCAACCCACGGGCAUGAACGGUAUCGGCAGCAUGCCUUACAGCGCACCGCCAGUGCCACCGAUCCCGCAACAACCCACGGCUGCGCCAUUGCAGCCUCAGAAGACCGGGCCCGCCCCCCCUAUCCGGUUUGGUGUGAAGCCCGAUGCUCCCAAGAAGCUCGCUCCUCAGCCGACCGGUCUCCGGGCCAACCUCGCUCAAGCCACGCCCACCAACCCGUUUGGAUUUUAA